AUGAAAGCGUACUGCAUUCCCCAUUUCUCCGACCAGGCUGUCUAUGGAGCUCCUUUGGUCAAAUCUCGAGCUUCCGUGUCGUCGUCGUCGUCGCCGCUUCUGAAGGCCUACGAAAUCGACGUUUCGGACGAGUCUCUGGCUCAGAAUGCGAGCCAAGCCUCGGCUCGAAAUGAACUGCCUCUCAUUGUGAAGCCUUUGAGGAAGUUCAUCUCCAACUCUGCAAAAACUCUAGAACCGGCAGUUCCCCCACCGCGUCUUGUGCGUCGGACGACUCUGAAAGAGCAGCCAACUAGAGAUCCAGCACCCGAAGUCCACAGUAACUUCUCGCUGCCGCGGAACUUCCGCAGACCAACAGUUCUUCAUGCCGCAGAACGCGUCGACCUCAACACAAUACCGUUCAUCGACGAUGACGAGCCUCCUUCUUCGAAAGGGUUUGGCCAGACGGCCCCAACAGUCCCGCGUCCAUCGAUCCCCUGCCAGCCAAGGCUCAGCACCACUACGACGGCUCAAAGGGCCUAUGUGACUCCGUGGCAGCCGACCAGCACCUACUUCGAUUACCAUCGUCGUGAAGACUCGGGCUAUCGUUCAACGGAAAGCAUCAACCGCAAAUUGCCAGAAACUUCUGUGUCCAAGGAGAAAAUCGGUCUCGACGACGAGGACGAAUUGGAUGGCGACUUCGACUGGGGCGAUGAAUAUCUGAACAGGUGUCAAUCGUUGCUUUCAUAUUCGCCGCGUAAUCGCUAAUAAUUCUCGCCAUUCUCCGAAAAGCUUCAAGCCAAAGAAAAAUACAUAUUUUUUGAAUCUGUUUCCUUCGUUUAGUAAAUGAGACUUUUUCAGUCGCCGAUGCAGUUUGGUGCUCAGAACGCAGACGUCUCUUCGCGUCAAAACAAUCAUCGGUUUGGCUUUUUUCUCAUCUUUUAUAUAUUCUAAAAAGAAAAAUAGAAGCUAGGGAAGUACAUGAACUACUCCCUUAAAACAAUAUUUAAAAAGCGUCCAACAAAAAAAAUAUUUUUUCAGAUAAGUUACUAAACUCUUCCGGCCGAGAUCAAAGAAGAGCUCUUUUCUCAUUGAAGCAAAUAUUCCAGGUUUGUUGAAUUUUUCUUUCUAGGCUUCUUGUUGAAUUUUUCAACCAUUGCUUAGAAUUUUUUUUCUCGAAUAUUCUAUAUUUCAUGAGAAUGAAGAGGAUUUUGGAACUAGAAUGCGUAGAUAACCUCCGACUGCGCGUGUCCAGUCGGCCGUGAAAUUUUCCAAACGAUUUAGAAAUUUGAAACGCUCAACAGAUCCGCUUUGAGAGACUGAAAGCCGGAGAUUUUUCAACAAAUUUUUGCAGGAUGACCAGGAUUUGGUGCACGAGUUUGUACAGAAUGCGGGACUCGACUGUAUGAUCCGUCUGGGGAAAACCGCAGAUCAGAACCAUCAGAACUAUAUUUUACGAGGUCCGUUCUUCAUAUGAAAACUAGUAAAUUCAGAAAAUGACGAUUUCCGAGUUUUCAAAUAGUUUUUACUGGGAAAAUCUUUUCUUUUUUUCCGGAAAUUUUGAAGUUUACAAAAAUAGAUUAUUUGAACCCAUUACUGUUGGUACACAGAUUCCGAUAAUUUUUUUUUUCAUUUUGAAACUAUUUUCUCUUCUUUUCUUAACUUAUGAAUCCACGUUUAUUUUUCACGAAUACAUGGGAAAAGUGAAAAUCUGUUAGUGUCAAGAUUCAUCCUUUUAUUGUAGUUUUCAUCACUGCUUGAAAAAAAAACCCAUUUCUUGCUUCAUUUUGUGAAGCUUCAUAGUAAAAAGGAGAAGUCUGAUUUCUGGAAGAUUCUUUUUGCUAUCAGGAUCCGUAAGAAAUCACCGUACUUUCGUUUGUGUUUUUACAACACAUUUUGCUUAAAUUUGCGAAUUUUCCUCCAAUAAAUAAACUUCGAAAUCUUUCUAGGAAUUUGAAAGAAUGGUUUCAGCACUCGGACAGCUAAUGUUGUACGUCGACGGCAUGAACGGCAUCAUCGCUCAUAAUGCCACGAUUCAAUGGCUUUACGAACUCCUCGAUUCCCCGGUACCUUUUUUGAUGCGUUUUUUGUCUUUUCUGUCGUUGCUCUCAUGUAUUUUUCGUUUUGUUUUGUCCUUAUCGUCCGUUUAUUUCAGCUGUAUGAUGAAGAAGAGAGGAAGGAAAUGAGUCCUUUCCGUAUCGAAUGGGUAAGCAAAAGUAACUAUUGCAACAAAAAAAAAAUAGUGAAGUUAAUAGAUAACGAUAUUUGACAUAUAGUAUGUGUGCCAAGACUUGAAAUUUCACGGAACGACAUUCCGCUGUUCCGCUCCGUGCGUUCGCGAAGCGUCUAUCGAAUCUAGGUCACGCUUUCAAUUGAUUGUUAUUGCUUUGGGAAUAAAUGAAAGUAGAGUACCAUAAUAAACGUUAAAAAAAGUUAAGAGCGCGACCAAGGUUCGCAAAAGCGCGCAGCGGCACAGCGGAAUGUCGUUCGGUGAAAAUCCAAGUCGUGGUACACAGGCUAUAAAUUUUUAAUUAACUCCGAGUAUCACUGCAUGUAAAGUCCGAGGGACAUUCAAAUCAAGAAACAUAUCAUCAAGCAUGAUUUGUGAGUGUGCAUGUAAAUGUUCAGCGUGAAAAAGUCAUCUCUCAAUUUUCGAAAAGCUUGUUUCAGUUCCGCCUUGUCGUGAAGACAGCUCUGAAGCUUCUGCUCGUUUUCAUCGAGUACAACGACAACAACGCUCUGUUGGUCAUGUCGGCCAUUUCCAGCGUCGACAAGAGCAAAGGUAUGCUCAGAACGAAACAAAAGCAUAUUUGAAAGUUUGCAGGACAAGCUGACUGGUCGGGACUGAUGAAGGUGAUUUCGGAGAAAGACUCGCCAGAUGCUGAAACCCUCGUCUACGGCAUGACUGUCAUCAACAAAGCCCUCAAUGGAAUCCCGGAUCGAGUGAGAAAAUCGCGAAGUUCUCCGAAAAAUCGCUUUCUUCAGGAUACUUACUACGACGCGGUCGACACCCUCGACACUCUGGGAAUGGAAGAAGCCAUCAAAACGAUGAGCAGGUAACUGAAUGACUGACCAUUGAACUUUGUCUCCAAAAAAGUAAAAUUUCUCAAAGUUAUUUAUUUAUUUUUGAACCUGUUUCAUUAUGUAAAAUAGUUUCAAACCGGAAAUAGAUUUUGACAGAAGAAAAAAAAAUUGUUAACACCGUUGAAAGAGUCAAAAACAAGUCAAAAUUAGGCACAUUCUUCAAAAAAAGUAUAACUUUCUUUCUCUUUCUCUCAAGUUCUUGAUAAGUUUUGAAGAAAGAGACAAAUUUUACUCGAAAAUGACCAGCAUAAAAAAUAAGAAAAAUGGAAUUUUUUUGGUUUUUUUUUCCCAAUUUUUUGUCCCCACGAUCCAUGAAUUCUUUACUUUGAUCCAUUCAAAAAGUUGAACCGGAAGUGAACUUAGAAAUGUUCCGAUAUUGAAUUGUAAGAUUGACAAAAUAAUCAUUUUGUUUUCUGUUACAAGAUUUCUACGCAGAAAAUCAGCUUCAUCCUAUGCUUCUCCUAAUUUUCACAGUUACACCACUUUUCCAGGUCGAACAACCGGGAGCUUCAGGAGCAAUGCCGGCUGUACGAGAGGGAGCUGAAGGAGGAGGACGAGCGGGAGGAGAGCGACGAGGAUCUCAACGUCAAAAUGCGGUCAGCUUUGUCGCCAACUUAGGGAAAUUCCAUUCUUAUCAGCUGCCGAGAAAAUGGCUGAUUAGAAGACCUAAUCAGUUAGUACUCGCAUCAUUUCGACCUCUCUUAUUUGCCUUUUGUUCUACCAAACCAAUAAUCCUUCUAAGCUUACCGUUUGUCGUUGUAGUAAGAUCAUACUAUGCUCUUGAGGUCUUUGCGAGUGAAAAUAAGUGAACUUUGAUAAACUAACCCUUUUCGAAUGCCAUCUGUUUUUUCCUUCUGACUCAAAAAAGCAUGUGGAAGACGAGUGUGAAUAGUUGCAGACCACAGCCAGGCUCCCAAAUGACGUCACCAACAGAGUACAACCCGUCAGACAAAAGUAAAUCUUCACUGAGGAGCUCUGUGCGCCGUCCGAGCCAGGAGUCUCAAGGCUCCUCUGUGACGAGCGAUCCUCCGCCGGAGGACCCGCGCAUCUCGUCCAGCUCUCCUGGAGCAUCCUCCCCCUCUAGCUGCGCUGAGGAAACGGCGUCCAAGUCGACGCCCCAAGAGCGGAAGCCGUCGCGGCAGACGACGCACGAAAUGCCUGAGGACAUCGAGACCGCCCUGCAACGGCUAGAAAGAGCUCUGCAACAGCGUCGCGAAGCCGAAAGGGCCAAAAAAGAAGAAGAGGCGGCCAGAAUCCGCGAACAACAGGACCGCGAGCAACUUCUUUUGCAGGAGAUUCAGAUGAAGCAGCAACAAAGGUUUCUUUAUGUUUUUUUCUUCCACAAAAAGACUGAGGAUUGUUCUGAAGCAUCAAAAGUUCAACCACUAAAGACUGUAGUCUACAGACCCGUUAUAUUUUUCGGCUAUUUCUUUGUGUUUUUGAACUUUCCUCGAUUUUUUUGCGAAAACACGUUGGCAUGUUUUUUUUUCGUUGCCGUCGGAAGGCGCAUGUAAAUUAAACUUAAUAUUAGAACUUUGCUAACUCCGAAUGCGUUUUUUAAUUGGAAGAUGUGAGAUUGUUUUUCCAAGAAAGUAUUUUUGUAUUAUUAAUAUACUGGAGUUCUUCAUGAAAUGCUUAAAAUUAUCUUUCUAUACUUCUUGAAUACUCGAAAAAUAUAAAAGCAUCCGUUCUUGAUAACUAAAAAGUUAAGCAGGUUUGACUUUCAGAUCCUUUUUCUAGUCAAUAUAAAAGUCUUCCAGUAGAUUACUUUUUUUAUCAAUUCAGUAUUCAAAAAGCGAAAAAAGAGAGUCGAUGAUAAUUCUUAAUCUUCUAGAUAUGCACAAGAAGUCGCGUCGACGACAACUCCUGCUGUUGAAGACAAAAAAGCAGCCAUGCGUCGACGGCACGACGACGCAAGAAGACGUCAGCAGGAACACCAACAGUUCAGCAACAAUCGCAGCGUCUUCAACAAAUCUCCGCAAGAGUUUGUGUUUUCGCUGAGAAACUCAACCUGAUCUGAAUUCAGAGAAGCGAGGGUGCCGAUCGAGCCUUCUAGUGCGUGGAAAGGGCCGAAAGAAGUCCUGCACGAUCCUCAACCAGUCGGUUCAGUCUCCGUUUGCCUAAUUUGGCGAAAUAUUUUCAGACGACAUCAAAAGCAAAUGAAGAUUUAACGUCUGCGAUGAGCAAGCGUAUUCCCGAGCCAAUUCAAAUCCCCAACGAAAACCAAGAAAACGUGAUUCCCAAGGAAAAUGAAGAGUUCAAAGCGGUUAGUGGAUAUGAGUCGUUUUUAUCAUUAAAAUGGCCUUGGGACUGGUCGAUACAUGGAAAAAUAAUCGAAAAAGCUGGAUCUAAAGCCUUCGCAAUUUUAAAAUGUUAUCUGUCUCCAACUUCAAUGCGGAAAACAACUUCAAGUCCCAGCGGGAAUGAAAUAUGGAUAGAUAAACUCAAACCUCAUUUUCAACAGAUCAACCAAAACUUUUUUUUAAAUGAUAUUACCCACAUUAUGGAGCUUUCUUGCAGGUGAAAGCACCGCCUCCAUCGUUUCCCACCCUCUUUUCUCCGACGGAAAGCAAAACCAUGGAGUUCCCGGAAGUUCAAGCUCCUCCGAAAGAAGAAGAAAAAGCGCCACCCCCUCCACGAGCAAAAGUACAUUUUUUGAUUACUUAAUCAAUAACAUUUAAGUGAGAAAGUUCCAGACUCAUGUAGAAAUGUUUGUCACUCACUUUUUAUGUUGGAUUCGAUUUCAGAUAGAACCUGCGUCGAGCGGGCCUGGAGGCUUCGCGGAAAUGCUGCAGAAGCGAGCUGCGCGAUCAGCCGAAGCCAAUCGAGGCGUCUUCGAGAAAAAAGAAAGCGAGGCGGAAACACAAUGGAAGAAGGCCGCUGAAAACUUGAAAUCGCGGCCGUUGAUCAUCAACGACCUCGACUUCAGCGAGUUUCACGCUGACGAGUUCGAGCAGGACCCGCUGAUGCUGGCCCGCCUGGCGCAGGUAGCCGAGUCUCGUGCCAACGGCGGUCCCAUGAUACAUGCGGGCGGAGGAGCACCGCCACCUCCACCGCCGCCACCUUCUGCCAUACCUCUGCCUCCACGACGUGAGCUCGUCUUAUUUUCACUCUAGACUAGCACUUUUUCAGUGAUGGGAAACGGUUCGAUACCAGUAGCUCCGCCUCUAGGGAUCAUUCCUCCGCCGCCGCCGAACCUCUCCAACGGCUUCCGAGCACAUGAUAUCAGUCCAGCCGCACAGAACAAGGGAGUCUUGAAGAUGCAUUGGAAGGCUGCCACCGUUGAAGCGCCCCCGAUUCCCUCUUUGAAACAAAAGGUGGGACCUGAUAAUUUUUUCUGAAUAUGAACUCUUCAUACUAGGGUACUUUCUGGAAUAACGUCGAUAGAACUGUCCCUUCCUUCGACGCCAACAAGAUUGUGCAGCUGUUUGAAACGAAAAAAGAGAAGGAGUCGACGGUGAAGAAAGUCGCAGAAACGAAAACCCAAGUGCUUUCCGUAUUGUCCCUCAAAAGAUCACAAGCCAUCAACAUUGGCCUCACAAAACUGCCGCCUAUUUCCGUCAUUCCUGCCGCGAUAAUGGUUUGGUUCACCUCUAAUCAACUAUCAAUUCUUAAUGGAUUCAGAAGUUCGACUCGCUCGUUCUCAACAAGGAAAUGAUUGAGAAGAUCUUGAAGACGAUGAUGCCGGCCCCGAAAGAAGUGGAAGAAAUUGAAAACAAAGCAGCGGAAAAUCCUGAAAUGACCUUGGUAGGACUUUUAAAUUCAGUCUCACAAUCACUCCUUUACUUUCAGGGCAACGCCGAGCAGUUCCUGCUAAAACUUUCUCAGAUUCCAUGUCUUUUGGAACGUCUCAAGCUUUGGCUUUUCACUCUGGACUACAAGAACGCGGAGAAAGACAUUGCCGAGCCUCUGAUGGAUCUUCAGCUGGCGAUGAAGGAAAUGGAAGAGUCGAAGACGUUCAAAGUCGCCAUGGGCAUGCUUCUCGCCAUCGGCAACUCGCUCAGCGGCACCGACGUAUUUAUUCUUUCGCCUUAUCUCAAAGUGGAUUCGAUUUUAGAUCAAAGGUUUCUACCUGGACUACCUGACAAAGGCUUCCGAAGUCAAGGACCCCGUCUACAAACACACGCUCACUUAUCAUCUGGCCGAGUACAUGGUCGAGCAUUUCCCCGAGGGAACCGACCUCUACAGCGAGCUCGGCGCCGUCGCUCGAAGCGCCAGGGUCAGAAUCGCGUGGGAGCCUGCAGAAUUAAUAAAUGCGAUUUUCCAGGUCGAUUACAAGGAGCUGCUCGACAAUGUGAUUCGGCUCGAGAAAGAGUGCAAGGCGAGUUGGGAAUGCUUGACCAUCAUCAGCAAGAACGACAACUCCUCGAUGCGUCAGAAGAUCAACGACUACCUCGCCGACGUCGCCCAACGCAUCCAUCAGCUCAAGGCCAUCUACACUGUCACUAAAAAUCGGUACCUGGGUAAACUUUUGAUGUGUCUAAAUAUUUUUUAAGAUGGCACGCAUUUUUGCUCUACUUUGGCUACUCUGUCGAUGAGAUUCCGAACCAGAAUCCCAACGAGGUCUUCAAGAUGGUCACCGAGUUUGCACUCGAGUACCGAACUACUCGCGACAAGAUUCUGCAGCAAAGGAAGCGGAUGGCCGAGAAGCGAGAGCGUAAUAAAACGAGGUAGACUCCAUUCUUGAAAUGGCUGUGCUGCGUUUUGGCGCGAAUUCAAAAACACCUGAUUUUUGAAAUUUCGCAAACCUUUCCUGUUGAAACAUCAUAUAAAGCCGCUGAUGAUCAUCAAAAACGUUUGCAGAGGAAAAAUCUGGGCUCUGGAAGGAACUUCGGGCGAAGGUAACGAAUCCUCGCCAAUGAGACGAAGACAAGCUCCGCCGGUGGCCGUCGUCGACACUCGACAGCGUCACGAGGAGAUGUCACGGAUGCUGAGCACGACUUCUGAAGGCAGCGACGGCACGCUCAGACGACGUGCACCUCUCGGAGGCAGGACCAACCCCGUCGUAGCGCCAAAAGGUUCGGGGUAGACAACCUAGACCUGCCCACCGAAAGGUUCUAGAAAUGAAUGACAACGGCGCCGAAUCACCCGAAGACGAGAUUCUGAACGGGCUGGUCAAGGCGGCGACGUUGCAGACAGAGUCACGCGACCACCGCCGUCGAGCUCGGCAGUUCAACCGAAAAUCUCGUGCGUUCUUUUCCUGUUUUGGGUCUCUUGUUAAUAGAGACUUUGAAGGGUCUAGACGUUCGAAUGUAGAAGUCUAAAUUGUUCCGACAAAUUCUCAGAAAAUUCUAGAAUGUCCAGUUUGAUGGCCAGACGUUUCAUACACAUCCAGAACCUUCUAGCUCAAAAUUUCUUGGCAUCACUACAUAUUGAAAUGCACAGCGUCACUCGAUUUGAAGAGAAAACGUUUCAAAUUGCAGUUCGAAGGACACGAACUCUGAAGCUGGUGGACGGACAACUGGAGACUUGCAACUAUUAA